AUGAAUGCUGCGCUUUCGAGUGUAAGAUCGCGAGCAUUGGAAGCUGUUUCUUCCCUCUCAUCCUUCUCUACCUCAUCAUCCAGCUCCUCACUACCACUAGCUACCGCAUCAUCAUGGCAAACCAACAAACCCAAACGCAGCUUCGACCGUCCACGCCUAUUCGCUCGCAAUCGAUCCGAUCUCCAUACCCAAACCACCACCACCACCACCACUGCUAGCCACCAUAGCCGAUCGCUAUCAUGGGAAAAGACAGGAGCGGCUCCCUCCCGCUCGACCUUGAUCUUGGUUUUGGGCUGUCUGGCCUGGUAUACCUCCUCUUCUCUCUCCUCCAACACUUCCAAAGCUCUGCUUUCCAAACCACGCAUCGACAGCCAUGAUGCCAAUUCCAGUGCUUCACCCCCACCACCCGCAUUCCCCUACCCAGUCACCCUAACGCUCAUCCACUUUGCAUUUGUCAAUGUCUGCUGCUUUAUCUCUGCCUCGCCGAGGAUACUCGGUUCUGGUGCGCUUACGCGUUUGGUCAAACCCUCUUUCUCCCGCGUAGCAGAGGUGGCCCAGCUCGCGUUUUUUAACGUUCUCGGUCAGGCUCUUUCUUCGCUCGCGAUCAGUAGAGUUCCCGUGUCGACGGUGCAUACGAUCAAAGCGCUCUCGCCUCUCUUUACGGUGUUAUGCUAUACAUAUUUGUUCAACGUAACCUAUCGCUCCAAGACAUAUCUCUCGCUCUUUCCCUUGACAGCCGGGGUGAUGAUGGCCUGUACAGGCUUUGCCUUUGAUGCCGACGACCUUGUCGGAUUCGGUGCGGCGCUAGCUUCGACCUUUGUAUUUGUUGCGCAGAAUAUAUACUCGAAGAAACUGCUAAGGAAAGGGGAGAAGGAUGCAGGCAUUCCAGGAACGGAUAGCGAGAAGAUGGAUAAACUCAACAUUCUCUUCUAUUCUUCCGCUUGUAGUAUCGUCCUUAUGAUCCCUAUGGCCAUGUAUUACGAUGGCUCAGCAUUGCUCUUCAACCCUUCCUGGACCGCUAACGAGUUUUACCCGGACGGAAGGGGCGGCUUAGUGCUAUGGCUGUUACUAUGCAACGGAAUAGUGCACUUUGCACAGAACAUGCUCGCAUUCAACAUCCUAUCCAUCGUCUCGCCGGUCACCUACUCGAUCGCAUCGCUGCUCAAACGAGUAUUUGUGAUUGUGUUGGCAAUCAUUUGGUUCCGACAACAAGUGACACUUCUCCAGUGGUUCGGAAUUGCGCUCACCUUCUACGGCCUGUGGAUGUACAACGACAGCAAAACAAAGAACGACGUCUGUCAGGUGGAGAACAAGGUUUCUCGUAAACAAGACGGCCUUGCGGAUGCAAUUCUACCACUUACCUCAUCAGCCCAAGCAAGGGCGCAGUGGCCAGUCUCUGCUCCAGCAGCGGCGAACUACACUUUUGCAGCUCAACAACAAUCGCAGCAAAGGCAGCAGCAGGCGCAUCUUGCACUGAGCCAUGCUGGCGGAUACAAGGAUAUUCCAGAACCGAUGCUUGUUGGUGGCAAUAAGAGCUACAUUAAGGAUCCGACCAAGUCCUUGCCUAGUCCUCCUGAUAGCGAUAAGGGGGCCUGA